AUGUUCGGCCGUCCUCCAGACGAGGAAAACAUGCAGGCCUGGAGCUCUCUGAUCCCUCCAGGACGUGGUUUCGUUGUUGUGAGAAACCAGACUGCCUUGCCGGACAUGCCAUCGCUCCACCAAGACCUGCCCGAGCAGCACGCACUGGUUUCGGUGUAUCACCAGCUUCAUUGUUUGUGGUCGACCAAGGAAUCCUACUUCAGGCUCCGUGAUGGACGCGCCGACGACACGGAUGAGCUCCACCUUUCGCACUGCUGGGACUAUCUCCGCCAGACAAUCAUGUGCGCGGCUGAUACGACGUUGGAGUGGAUGCCAAACCCGACGCAGGAGAUCAGCAAGGGCUGGGGAUACCGACAUGAGUGUAGGAGUUGGGAUGAGAUCUAUGACUGGACGGUCAAGAACAGGUGGCAUGAUAGUACGGGGAUUGGGUGA